GUACAAUCUAACUUUACAACUAAAUAAUAAUUAGUAUGAAGUAUUUUACAUCAAUUUUAAUAAUAGGAAUAUAAAAUAAAAAUUGGUGUACUCUUAUUUUAUUAAGAUUUAAGCGAUACAGAGUAUAAAGUAAUAAUAAUUAUUAUACUUUAUGUUUUGCAAAUUAUAUAUUUUUUUAUCUAUAUUCUCUAUUUUCUCAAUAAUCUCAAUAGUAUCAUCAUUGAAAAUGUCCCGGUUAGGUGCAUUACAUUGUAUAAAAAAUACUGCUGCUCAAAAUACAGGAACAGUAAUUUUCUUCCAUGGAUCAGGUGCUUCUGGUGGUCAUAUGAAGGAAUGGGUGCAAAUAAUGGCUGACAACUUCUCAUUUCCUCAUCUUAAAAUAUUAUUUCCUACAGCCCCUUUGCAGCCAUACACACCAGCAGGAGGUGCAAUGACCAAUGUGUGGUUUGAUCGGCUAGAUAUUAAGCCAACUGUUCCAGAAGCUACACAGUCUUUGGCAAAAAUUAAUGCAGAUAUAAAAUAUUUAAUAAAAAAGGAAAAUGAAGCUGGUAUUCCUACUAAUAGAAUAAUUGUAGGUGGAUUUUCAAUGGGUGGUGCACUAGCAUUUCAUAUAGCUUAUAACUGGGAACCAAAUGUUGCUGGAUGUUUUGCCUUCAGUUCAUUUCUUAAUGAAAAUUCUGCUGUUUAUGAGAAACUUAAAGAAAACAAUGAUAAGGUGCCACCUCUACUUCAAAUCCAUGGCAACUCUGAUGACUUGGUACAUUUUUCUUGGGGUGAAAACACCUUUAGUCAGCUGAAAUCACUUGGCGUUCCGGGUGAAUUUCAUGUUCUGGAUAAACUGGGUCAUUCAAUUAAUAGAAGAGGAUUAAAUUUAAUUAAGGCUUGGAUAAAUAAACAUUUACCUGAAAUAUAAGGAUCCAAUAAAUAUUGUUACAUAAUAAAAAAAAAUGUUACAUGCUACCUAAUUACAUAAUAGAUUUGAAUUAAAAAACUUAA